AGGAUUGCCCACCCCUGAUCUAAUCUUUGUAAAUGUUGUCUGGAUGAGGUCUGUUAAAUAUUUGAAGGUCCUGGUGCUGGUUUGGAAAGCAGCCUUGUAUUUCAGACACAUCAGCGAUGCGAUGAAGACGGUGGUCCUUCAGCUCUUCGUGCUGCAGAGUUUUAAGCUCAGAGGAACCGUCUGAGCUGAAGAAASUCAGACCAGAUCUCGGCUGCUGGACUCAGACUCGUGUCUCUGUAGAAAGAUUUACGGUGCGAUUAAAUAACCAGGUUCAUAAAGACUGACCGGGCUCUGAUCGAUCCAGGACUGGUCCCGGUUCAGUGUAACYGGAUCUGAUGGAGACGUAGGCUCGGCAGAAGGACGACAGCUCGACGCUUCAGUCACUAUUUUAUUUUAUUACAAAUCAUUUGAAAAAUAAUUAGUUUCUAACAGUUGAACGUUGUGUGAAUAACAGAAUAUCAGUUGAAUCAGAGUGGUUCCAGUGGUUGAUGAGAUAUUUUCCKAACAAACAGGGACGACGUCACCAUUUAAAACAGCUGUUUCAGGUUCUGAUCCAACAACAUGGCCUCCAACGGGACCCCUCAGGGCUGCGGGGCUAACCUGGACUCGGUCUACUUCAACCUGUGUGACCUGGGUGCUGCGUGGGGCGUCGUGUUGGAGGCCCUGGCUGCAGCCGGAGUCGUCUUCUCCUUCGUCCUCCUCAUCUCGCUGCUGGCCAGCCUGCCGUUCGUCCAGAACCCGAACCACCGGAGCGCGAUGGCGCUCCAGGCCAGCUUCCUGUUCUGCACCAUGGGCCUCUUCAGCCUGACGUUCGCCUUCAUCGUGGGGAAGGACUUCUCCACCUGCGCCUCGCGGCGGUUCCUCUUCGGGGUUCUGUUCGGGGGCUGCUUCUCCUGCCUCCUGAUGCAGUGCGUGAGGCUGAACAUCCUGGCGAGGAGGAACAGCGGCCCGCGGACCUGGAUCCUGUGUCUGGGUGCGUUGGGGCUGUGGCUGGUGGAGGUGAUCGUCAACACAGAGUGGUUGAUCAUUACGGUCGUACGCCACCCUCAAGGACCACUCAAUGCAACGGUGGAACCCCCCAGAGCCGUGGCGGUACCCUGCAACAUUGCCAACCAGGACUUUGUGAUGGCGCUGAUCUACGUGAUGACACUCAUCCUCGCUGUGGUUCUGGGGAGUCUGACCAUCAUGGGGGGCAAGUAUUCAGAGUGGAAGAAGGAAGGGGCCCUGAUACUUGUGAUCACUUUACUCUCCGUGGCCGUCUGGGUUGCGUGGAUCGUCAUGUACGUGUACGGGAACGGGCAAGUGAAGAAGCCGACGUGGGACGACCCCACCCUGGCCAUCGCCUUGGUGGCGAACGCCUGGGUGUUCAUCAUCGUCUACGUCAUCCCGCUGGUCUGCUGCCUGAACAGCAGCRCAGACAGUGAAGAAGACAGCGUGGACAACGGCUACACCAACCACGGAGUCGGCUACGAGACCAUCCUGAAGCAGCAGGGCGCUCACAAYGCCUACGUGGAAAACAAGGCGUUCUCCAUGGACGAGUCCAGCAAUGGAAACAAGCUCGUGUCUCCGUACAGUAAUUACACCGGACAGAUGCGUGCUUCCGUCUACCAGCCCACUGAGCUCGCUCUCAUCAGCAAACCUGCAGGAAAUCAGCAGUGGGACCAGAACUUCGACAGGAUCCUCCCCAGAGCGUCCACCGGCUCUACGGCCCACAGCGGGAGCAGAACCCCGUCCCCGCACCACCAUGGCCGGACCCCCGCCAACACACACCGAUAAAGGACCGAGGUUUGGGUGGGUCGUCGCUGUGGUGACCCCCGCAUCAGAAAGACUUCACUUCUGUUCUGCCUGUUUGCACCUGCUGACUGGUUCUGUUCUCACUGGUU